AUGAAAGACUUCAGCUCUACCUGUGAAUCUCUGCAGUGUAUGGAUGACUCCAAGCCAUGUGUUAAUGAGGGAAAAUGCAUUCCAUAUCAAAAUGGUACAGGAUAUUGCAAGUGUCGAGAAGGAUUUCUUGGAGACUACUGUCAGUACAGAAACCCCUGUGAAAGCAAUACCUGCAAGAACGGGGGAACCUGUGAAGCUGCAUCCCUGAUAGGAAAACCAACCUGCAAGUGUGCUCCAGGAUUCACGGGGGAGGAGUGCCAGUACUCAGAAUCUCACCUCUGCUACGUGUCCCAGCCCUGCUUGAACGGAGGCACUUGUCACCCCCAUGGCCAGGACACCUACGAGUGUGUCUGUCUUCCAGGUUUCACAGGAAAGGAAUGCCAGUGGAUUGAUGCCUGCACAUCUCAACCUUGUGCCAACGGGAGUACAUGCACCGUGUCUGGAAAUAAGUUCUCCUGCUCCUGCCUGGCUGGCUAUACCGGCCAGAAGUGUGAGAUAGACGUGAAUGAAUGUGCCACGCCAGGCCUGUGCCAGCACGGCGGCACCUGUGUCAACCUGCCGGGCUCCUACCGGUGCCAGUGCAAGCCAGGGUACACCGGGCACCGCUGCGAGAGCAUCUACGUGCCCUGCUCCCCAUCCCCCUGCAUGAACGGGGGCACCUGCCACCAAACCAGCGACUUCACCUUUGAAUGCAACUGCCUGCCAGGUUUCGAGGGAAGCGUCUGUGGACACAACGUGGAUGACUGCCCGAACCACAAGUGCCUGAAUGGAGGUGUUUGUGUGGAUGGGGUGAACACCUACAACUGCCGCUGCCCUCCCCAGUGGACAGGCCAGUUCUGCACCGAGGAUGUGGAUGAAUGCCAGCUCCAGCCCAAUGCCUGCCAGAACGGGGGCACCUGCACCAACCACAACGGGGGCUAUGCCUGUGUCUGUGUCAAUGGCUGGAGCGGGGACGACUGCAGCAAGAACAUCGACGACUGCUUCACUGCCUCCUGUGCCAAUGGCUCCACCUGCAUCGACAGGGUGGCUUCGUUCUCCUGCAUUUGUCCAGAGGGAAAGGCAGGUCUUCUGUGCCACUUGGAUGAUGCCUGUGUUAGCAACCCAUGCCAGAAAGGUGCUCUGUGUGACACCAACCCUGUGAAUGGAAAUUACAUCUGCACCUGUCCCCAAGGCCAUAAGGGAGCAGACUGCACUGAGGAUGUGGAUGAGUGUGCAAUGGCAAACAGCAAUCCAUGUGAGCACGCUGGGAAAUGUGUGAACACAGAGGGCUCUUUCCACUGUGAGUGUUUGAAGGGCUACACAGGACCUCGCUGUGAGAUGGACAUCAAUGAGUGUCACUCAAACCCAUGCCAAAAUGAUGCCACCUGCCUGGAUAAAAUCGGGGGAUUCACCUGUCUCUGCAUGCCAGGUUUUAAAGGAGUCCACUGUGAAGAAGAUAUUGAUGAAUGCCUAAGUAAUCCCUGUGUGAACAAUGGAGUGUGUCUUGAUAAAGUCAACCGCUUCCUCUGUGUCUGUCCUCCUGGGUUCAGUGGUGCUGUGUGUCAGAUCGACAUAGAUGACUGUUCCAGCACGCCCUGCCUCAAUGGAGCCAAAUGUAUUGACCACCCCAAUGGCUACGAGUGCCAGUGUGCCACAGGUUUUACUGGCCUUCUGUGUGAGGAGAAUAUCAACAACUGUGAUCCUGAUCCUUGCCACCACGGGGAAUGCCAGGAUGGCAUCGAUUCCUACACAUGUAUCUGCAAUCCUGGCUACAUGGGUGCCAUCUGCAGCGAGCAAAUCGACGAGUGCCACAGCAAUCCUUGCCUCCAUCAGGGGCGCUGCAUUGACCUGGUCAAUGGCUACCAGUGCAACUGUUUGCUGGGCACCUCAGGAGUAAACUGUGAAAAUAACUUUGACGAUUGUGCCAGUAACCCGUGCAUUCAUGGGGACUGUAUUGAUGGCAUUAAUCGCUACAACUGUGCCUGCAAACCUGGAUUUACAGGACCCCGUUGUAACACGGACAUAGACGAGUGCACGUCCAGCCCCUGCCACAACGGUGGCACGUGUGUGAACGAGGUGAACGGAUUUCACUGCGUGUGCCCCGAGGGUUUCCACCAUCCCCACUGCCAGUCCCAGGCAGAUGGCUGCCUCAGCAGCCCCUGUGUGCAUGGCAACUGCACACACAUUGCCACGGGGUACAAGUGUGUCUGUGACCCAGGCUGGAUAGGAGAUUACUGCUCAACAGAAGGGAAUGAAUGUAAAUCAAACCCAUGCCAGAAUGGAGGAACUUGUGAGGAUCUGCUGAACGGAUACAGAUGUACUUGUAGGAAAGGAUUCAAAGGUGUGAACUGCCAAGUAGUGGUUUCUCCUUGUUCCCCUAAUCCUUGUGAGAACUCUGGAAUCUGCCAAGAAUCUGCUGACUCUGAAGGCUACAGCUGCCAGUGUGCCCCUGGCUGGGAAGGGGAAAGAUGCACGGUGGAUAUUGAUGAGUGUCUCUCCAAGCCCUGCAAAAACCAUGCUCUGUGCCACAACAUCCAGGGCAGCUACCUGUGUGAGUGUCGGCCUGGCUUCACCGGAGGGGACUGCGACAGUAACAUCGACGACUGCCUGGCCAACCCCUGCCAGAACGGAGCCUCGUGUGUGGAUGGGAUCAACUCCUUCUCGUGCAUCUGCCUGCCUGGGUUUCAUGGGGAUAAGUGCCAGACAGACACCAACGAAUGUCUGAGUGAGCCAUGCAGGAAUGGGGGGACCUGCACCCACUUUGUCAACAGCUACACCUGCAAGUGCCCGCCAGGCUUUGAGGGAACCAACUGUGAGAGCAACAUUGAUGAGUGCACCGACAGCUCCUGUUUCAAUGGAGGCACCUGUGUGGAUGGAGUCAAUUCCUUCACCUGCCAGUGCCCACUGGGGUUUACAGGACCCUUCUGCCUCACAGAGAUUAACGAGUGUGACUCCCACCCUUGCCUCAACAGGGGCACCUGUGUGGACAGCCUGGGCACAUACAGGUGCAUCUGCCCCUUGGGCUACACUGGCAAGAACUGCAAGUCACUGGUGGAUCUGUGCAGCAAAUCCCCCUGUAAGAACAAAGGCACGUGUGUCCAGACUCUGGCCCAGACUCGCUGUGUGUGCCCACCUGGCUGGACCGGCGCCUACUGUGACGUGCCCAACGUCUCGUGUCAAGUGGCAGCUUCACAGAGAGGAGUCCCUGUGGACCAGCUGUGCCAGCACUCUGGUCACUGCCUCAACGUGGGGAACACCCACCACUGCCAGUGCCAGGUGGGUUACACAGGCAGCUACUGUGAGGUGCAGCUGGAUGAGUGCGACUCCAGCCCCUGCCAGAACGGAGCCACCUGCCGGGAUCACCUGGGCGGAUACCAGUGCGAGUGUGUGGCUGGGUUCCAGGGUGUGAACUGUGAAUAUGAAGUGGAUGAGUGCCAGUUCCAGCCCUGCCAGAAUGGAGGGACGUGCAUCGACCUCAUCAACCACUUCAAGUGCUCCUGUCCACCAGGAACUCGGGGGCGCUUCUGUGAGGAGAAUGUGGACGACUGCAUCUCUGACUCUGGAGUUCCCCGCUGCUUCAACGGAGGGCAGUGCAUUGACCAGAUCGGGGGCUACAGCUGCCUCUGCCCCCAGGGCUUUGCAGGAGAACGCUGUGAGGGUGACAUCAACGAGUGCCUCUCCAACCCCUGCAACCCCCGAGGGAGCCUGGACUGUGUCCAGCUGACAAACGAUUACAGGUGCAUCUGCCGUAGUGCUUUCACUGGCCGUCACUGUGAGAGUGUCAUCGACGUGUGUCCCCGCAAGCCAUGCCAGAACGGUGGCACCUGCGCUGUGGCCAGCAACAUGCCUGAUGGCUUCAUCUGCCAAUGUUCCCCGGGUUAUUCAGGAGCAAAAUGUGAGUUCAGCAGCCACAGUACCUGUGGACAAGUGAAAUGCAAGAAGGGGGAGCAAUGCAUCCAAACGUCUUCUGGUCCACGGUGCUAUUGCCCCAAGCUGUCUGUGGGAGAGGAAUGCCAGACAAACCCGGGCUGUGCCAGUGCCCCGUGCCAGAAUGGGGGCAGCUGCCACCCUCAUCCUCAGCCUCCUUACUAUUACUGCCAGUGCCCUGCUCACAGCCAGGGCAGCCACUGUGAGCAGCCUGUAACUUUCAGCCCAGAGCCCCGAGGAUGCCUGGAUUCCCAGUGUGCAGAAAAAGCCAGGGAUGGCUAUUGUGAUGAAGACUGUAACACCCACGCAUGCCAGUGGGAUGGGGGUGACUGCUCCUUGAAAAUGGAGGAUCCUUGGGCCAACUGCUCCUCCUCCCUGCGCUGCUGGAUGCUUUUCAAUGGACAGUGCGAUGAGUUCUGCAACACGCCUGAGUGCCUAUUUGACAACUUUGAGUGUCAGCAAAAUAGCAGGACGUGCAAGUACGACAAGUACUGUGCAGAUCACUACGCAGACGGGCGCUGUGACCAGGGCUGCAACAGCGAGGAGUGUGGCUGGGACGGGCUGGACUGUGCCGGUGACAAAGCCGAGAAGCUGGCAGAGGGCACCCUGAUCAUCGUGGUCCUCAUGCCCCCCGACGAGCUGCUGGGCGACGUCCGCAGCUUCCUGCGCACCCUGGGGACGCUCCUGCACACCAACCUGAGGAUCAAGCUGGACUCCCAGGGAAACCCCAUGGUGUUCCCCUACUAUGGGGAGAAAUCGGCGGCACGGAGCCGUCGGUCGCUCGUGGUUGUUCGUAAGCACAGAGAGCUGGAGCAGGAGGUCAUUGGCACCAAGGUGUUCCUGGAGAUUGACAACCGCCAGUGUGCAGAGGACUCAGAGCAAUGCUUUCACAACACAGAAGCUGCUGCAGCUCUCCUAGCUGCUCAGGCCAUCAAGGGCAUGCUGCCCUAUCCUUUUGUGUCUGUCCAAAGUGAGCCCUUGUUGCCACCGAAGACCCAGCUGCUUUACCUGCUUGCUGUGGCAGCUUUGAUCAUCCUGCUGAUCCUUCUCUUGGGUGUGAUGAUGGCCAAGCGCAAGCGCAAGCAUGGUUCUCUGUGGCUGCCAGAGGGAUUCAUCCUGCGCAGGGAUCCCAGCAACCACAAACGCAGAGAGCCCGUUGGGGAAGAUGCUGUUGGUCUCAAAAAUUUGUCAGUGCAGAUGCCAGAGGGUAACCUGGCUGACCCUGGGACCACUGAGCACUGGGCAGGUGAUGGUGGACCUCAGCCAAAGAGAGCUAAGGCUGAGGACCAGGCCUUGCUGCCAGAAGGGGACGAGCAGAUUGACCAGCGCCAGUGGACACAGCAGCACCUGGAGGCUGCAGAUGUCUGUGGGAGCACCUCACUGGCCCUCACACCCCCUCAGGCCGAUCAAGAAGUGGAUGUUCUGGAUGUCAACGUCAGAGGGCCAGACGGAUGCACUCCACUGAUGUUGGCAUCUCUGCGCGCGGGCGGCUCCGACAUCAGCGAGGACGACGAGGAUGGGGAAGACUCCUCAGCAAACAUCAUCACAGACCUGAUCUACCAGGGGGCCAACCUGCAGGCUCAGACAGACCGCACAGGGGAGAUGGCUCUGCACCUGGCAGCCCGCUACUCCCGAGCCGAUGCUGCCAAGCGGCUCCUGGAUGCCGGGGCGGAUGCCAAUGCCCGGGACAAUAUGGGACGGACCCCUCUGCAUGCAGCCGUGGCUGCUGAUGCCCAGGGGGUCUUCCAGAUCCUGAUCCGUAACAGAGUGACUGACUUGGAUGCUCGGAUGAAUGAUGGGACAACCCCAUUAAUUCUGGCUGCACGUCUGGCUGUGGAAGGGAUGGUGGCCGAGCUCAUUAAUUGCCAGGCUGAUGUGAAUGCCGUGGAUGACCAUGGUAAAUCUGCUCUUCACUGGGCUGCUGCUGUCAACAAUGUGGAAGCAACACUAGUACUGCUGAAAAAUGGAGCCAACAGAGACAUGCAGGAUAACAAGGAGGAGACUCCACUCUUCCUCGCUGCUCGGGAAGGCAGCUUCGAAGCCGCAAAAAUCUUGCUGGACCAUUUUGCCAACCGAGACAUCACGGACCACAUGGAUCGGCUGCCCCGGGACGUGGCCCAGGACCGGAUGCACCACGACAUCGUGCAGCUCCUCAAUGAGUACAACGUGGCCCACAGCCCUGCUGGCCACCCUGGGGCCAUGCUGAACUCUGCCCUCUCCCCAGUCAUCUGUGGCCCCAACAGGUCCUUCCUCAACCUGAAACACGCUUCGCUAAGCAAGAAGUCACGAAAACCAAACGCCAAAGGCAUGCCCACCAGCCUCACCAAAGAUGCCAAGAGGAGGAGGAAGAAGUCCCUCAGUGAGGGCAAGGGGCAGUUUUCAGAGAGCUCAGUGACCUUGUCACCGGUGGAUUCCCUGGAGUCUCCCCACGCUUUUGCAUCUGAACCAACCUCUUCUCCUGUGAUGCCAUCGCCAGGGGUGCUGCACUCGUCACCCAGCUCACUGCUGGCUGCUCCGUCGGUGCAGGCUGCGCACACCAUGUCCUUCUCCAACCUCCACGAGCUGCAGCCCCUGGGACGCGGCUCCAGCACGGUGUUGCCAUCCGUCAGCCAGCUGCUGUCACAGCACAGAACCACCCCUCCCAACAGCGGGCUGGGCAGGCUGCGGCCGGGCAACGUUUCCAGCGAGUGGAUGAACCGCAUGGAGGUGAACGAGUCCCAGUACAACGAGAUGUUCGGCAUGGUGCCCCAGGUGAUGCAUUCCCAUCCCAGCGUUUCUCAGCAGGGCGGUUUGGUUCAAGCGGAUGCGAAGCACCUGGGGGUGUCCAGGGAGUCUUUGCCCCCCAUCAUGACUUUCCAGCUGGUUCCCAAGGGCAGCAUAAGCCAGCAAGCACUGCCGCAGCAGGCCCAGUCAAACUGCGCUCAGAACAUGGCUGGGCCUCUUGGCUCCAUGUACCAGAUCCCAGACCUAGCCCAGUUGCCCAGCGCCUCGUUCUCCAUGGCUGCCAUCCCCCAGCAGGACGGGCAGGUGGCUCAGACGGUCCUCCCAGCCUACCACCAGUUCCAGAGCUCGAUGGGCAAGUACCCCACGCCUCCCUCCCAGCACAGCUGCUACUCCUCGGCCACAGAACGGACUCCUAGCCACAACCGGCACUUACAAGGGGAGCACCCGUACCUAACUCCAUCGCCCGAAUCUCCGGACCAGUGGUCGAGCUCUUCGCCACACUCUGCCUCUGACUGGUCCGACGUGGCCACCAGUCCCAGUAACAACCAGCGCGGGCCAGCGGCUGCCCACAUGACGGAGCAGCAGCGGAGCAACAUGCAGGUGUACGCCUGA